UCACAAAGAUGUCGACGGCCAGCCUCCUCGCGCUUGCUCUGGCAGGCCUCGUGCUCGUCACCUUCCCAGGCCUCUGCGCCGGCACCGCCGCAGCUCACCGCCCCGCCGCCAAGUGCCAGCCGAGCGGCUCGCUGGAGGGGCCAAGCACGGGCCACGUGUGCGGGGAGUGCUGCAAGCCGGGGCACGUCUACCCGACGUACCGGUGCUCGCCGCCGGUCACCGCGAGCACCAGGGCCGUCAUGACGCUCAACAACUUCGAGGAGGGCGGCGACGGCGGCGACCCGUCGGAGUGCGACGGCAAGUACCACCUGAACACGGAGCCCGUCGUGGCGCUCUCCACGGGGUGGUACAACCACGGCAAGCGCUGCGGCAGGCAGAUCCGGAUCAACGCCAAGGGAAGGUCCGUGCUCGCCAAGGUCGUGGACGAGUGCGACACCCUGCACGGCUGCGACAAGCCGCACGCCUUCCAGCCGCCGUGCCCGCACAACAUCGUCGACGCGUCCCAGGCCGUGUGGAACGCGCUGGGCAUCACCGGCGACGAGGUCGGCGACUACCCCAUCACCUGGUCGGACGCAUGAUGAGUACUUGGUCUCUGGCUAGACUACUGCAUCCUCGCUUUCUACGAACUGCUACUGAGUACGACGGUUUUCUCAGUUCUUCAUGAGUGCUUUGAGUGUCCUGUGUCCUUGUCGUGUUGUCUCAAAUCUUUUUUAAUGAAUAAAUAAAGCGAUGGGAAAAGCCCCCGUUCGCUCUACUUGCUAAACUA